AUGAAUGAAUACAAUAUAAAGAUCUUUUUAUAUGAUUGCGGAAUGCAUAAUAAUCUUGAUUCAUUUUUAGUUUAUUUUGAUCAAACUAAUGAUAUUAGCGAAUGCUUUGUUCUUUCAUCGAUUUUUGAUAUUCCUUCCCUUUGUGAGUAUUUCCUUUCACAUGGUGCAAAUAUCAAUGAAAAAGAUAAUGAUGGAAGAACAGCUCUUCAUUUUGCAGCAAAUUAUAAUAGUAAAGAAGCAGCCGAAUUUCUUAUUUCACAUGGUAUAAGUAUCAAUGAAAAAGAUAAAUAUGGAAAAACCGCUCUUAAAAAUGCAAUUGAUUUCAAUAGUGAUGAAACAGCCAAACUUCUUAUUUCACAUGGUGCAAAUAUAAAUGAAAAAGAUUGUAAUGGAAAAACCGCUCUUCAUUAUGCAGCAGAAUAUAAAUAUAAAAAAGAAAUAGUCGAACUUCUUAUUUCACAUGGUGCAAAUAUAAAUGAAAAAGAUAAUUAUGGACAAACUGCUCUUCAUUAUGCAUCAGAAAAUAAUAAUAAAGAAAUAGUCGAACUUCUUAUUUCACAUGGUGCAAAUAUCAAUUAA